AUGGUUAAGAAGUUCGAGGUUGCUGAGGAAAGGCGCGUAGUGAUUGGAGACAAUUUCACGUUUUCGCUACAUUCAAAUAAAUCAAACCUGCAAGUAGAGUUCAGGUCUAAAUCUGAGGAGAAUGCGCAGUUGUGGACAGUCAUUAACAACACAGUGAGAUGGGACGGCGAAGAGCGUGAGCGGAGAGCUUUAGUGCGGGACAAGGUGUUCCAGCUGAGCAGCGUCACCAAACAAGACGAGGGCUCUUACACCGUGUGGGAGAAACGCUCCAGCAGCGCAGUCAAGAACAUCCGUCUCUCAGUGGAAGGCCGCAAGGAAAACGUCACACUGUCAAAUGGAGAAACCAAGAAGAUUCCACUCUAUCGAAAAAAUGCAACCGUGUGGUUUAAACCUAGAGGCGCUGUCAACUCAUCCGUGAUUGUCGGUAGCGCAGCAGGGCUUGAAGACCGUGUGUCUGUCCAGGAUGGAGUGCUGACUCUAAGGAAGGUGACCAAAGAAGAGGAAGGGACCUACACAGUGCUGGAUUCAAAGGACGAGGUCAGGGCCAUCACUGUAACUGUGGAAGACUCAGUUGAAACCGAAAGGAAUUGGCACGUUGGCCUGAUAACAUUCGCUGCCCUGGGCUUUGUUAUUGCUGCAGCUUUCUUAAUGUGGAAGUGGAUUUACAAAACCCAGAACGAGGAACAUGUAGAAAUGCUGCAGGCUGCAGCAAACGGUCCUUGUGAGUAUGUUUGCAUUGGACCAUAAUGCAAUUUAUCAGUUAUUGGCUGUAAAUGUUCAUGAUAAUCAUGAGUUUGAGCUGAAUAAAUUAUGUACAUUUUCUUAUAGGAUGUCUUUUUAUUGCAAGAUUGUGCACAAACCCAAACUAAUACAACCAAAUUGCAUGUUUUUCACUGUUUUCAUUUUUGCAGGUGUAACUGUAGCAGGUUCUACUAUUCUUAAUAAGCACAACCGAUCUGAACAAUUUACAGGUAUGAUAGAUUUCAGACCACAAACGUGUUGAUUAAUUGGUUACGCUUACCUUAUAAAAGCAGUGUGUUCCUUCAUUAUACAAUGGUACACAUUUCCCAUGGUAGCUGUCUUCCCAGUUGUCUGGGUUGUCUUUCCAGCGUUUGGCGAAUUAAGGCAGGUCAGUUACAUUUCCCCUCUGCUCAGUGUGUUUCUUUUACUUGGAGAAUUAUUUUUAAUUGCAGUUUUGUUUUAGUUUCAGUAUCUGCAUUUUUUUAAAAAUGGUUUUAAUCUGUAAUAGGAGCAUUUGUUUGUACUAUACUGGGAGUAAGGUUAAAGCUGGUAUUGGUUGU